AUGCUGGUGAUCGGUCGGCUGGCGCCACGUUGGAAUGUGCCGAUCAUCGCGCAUCUGUCCGGUGACGAUGCACUCUCCGAUAGAUCGGUAUUUCCGACACUUGGUUCAGUGGCACUCACUUCGGCUACCGAAAUGGCUCGAGCUACUUUUACCUAUCUCAGGCUUUACAACUGGCAGAAAAUUGGAAUUGUGCGGCCGACAAGAUCCUACGGCCGCCUUUCCAUACAUUCGCUCACUGAAUUAUUAAAAAAUAAUAAAGAAGUUGAAAUUACGAUAAUGAUCGAAAUUGACCCAUACUCUUCUGUGGAACAGAUCAUUGAAACCGGAAAGCUUACAGCAUUACGGCAAUCUGCGCGAAUUGUAAUAGUUGAGUUGGGUCUGGAUUUGAAUGAUUGUACAAAUUUUAUGAUAGCUGUCCAGGCAGCGGGGAUGAAGAAUGAAGAAUAUGUCUAUAUACUUCCAUGGCUAUCCCACAUAUCAGAUUAUUAUCCGUGGGAAGGUGCCGGCGUCGACAAGCAGCUGGUGAAACGAGCAUACGAAAAUACAAUUUACGCUUUGCUUGUGUACAUGUCGCUCUAUGACGCGCUGUUCUUAUAUGGACUUGCAAUACGCGAUGCAUACGACUUUACCGGCAAUGACCAGAUUUACAAAAAUGGGACGUUCAUUUGGAAGAAAAUGACCGGCCGACAGUUCCUAGGUAUGACUGGUCAAGUACUGAUCAACAACGAAGCAAUCCGGGUGCCGAGAUAUGCUACUUAUCAGAUCUCGAAUGGCAGUUUACGGAUUGUUGUUGAACUGGAAGCGAAACUUGACGAUGCGAAUAAAUGUCUGCUGAGAAAAACUGACUGUUCAAUCCAUGUUUGUUUUUCUUGCUCAUCUAAGAGCUUCUGUUGGACCUCAAUGUGCUGA